AUGGACCGCACACCAGCAGCAAACGGCAGCUCUAGAAAGCCCAAAAUAAAUAUCAGCUCAGCUUCAUCUCCAUUACGUAGAACCUCUCCAUUUUCUCCAUUACGCACUACAUCACCAAAAUUCCCUCCGAUCAAGAAAAUCAAGAGAUCUUCUCCGAAAAAGCCUCUAUCUGGAGUUAAUGGAAAGGGAGUAUCGCUGCCUAAAGUUUCGUCCGUCACCUUUGCUAGUGGCGCUGCGACUCAAGAACUCGAUUCAGGCGAGGAACUGGAAGUUCUUAAAUGUAUCCUUGUGCGUGAAGGUUAUCUGCAACGAUUAGGACGUGCUAGCAUUGCCGGUCACAUCGGAGGUGCCCACCUUGGCGAAACAAUUGAUUUACUAGAUUUGCUUCGUUUGGCAACAUUGGAGACCGUGGAAGCGAUUGUUGCGUGGCGAUAUUACAAGCAGAAGGGUAAGGCAAACGAUAAGUUGCGAACUCCAACGGAACCGGAACAAUUCAAGUGGAACGGGAUCAAUUAUCUACUCAAAGUCGCAUCGGAUUUGGAAUUUUUAAGUAAACACACGGGACUUAUUGAGUGGCUUGGCUUCACAUUACAACGAAACCCGUUUAUACUGCCUUUAAACCUCGACUGUCGAGCAAAAUUACCGCAGAAUUCUCAACCUACAGAUAAAAUUGGCAUUGCAGAUUCCGAUCGGUUCUUGCAAGUCGGAGGGAAGCGUUCUCAGUCAACUUUUGACAACCUUCGUAGUUCAAAUGGAGAAGAUGCUGAAGCUUUGGCACUAGCAUUAGCAGAGAGAAAACGAGCGAAAACUCCGUACGAAACUCGAGUUGUGAACGAUGAAGAGCUUGUUCCAAACUCGCCAUCAAAGACCGGAAUUAUCCGACCAAAGUCUCGCACUCCACUAAAAGCUGGUAAAACCAAGUACAGCUCUGUGCUGCCGUCUCAAAUCGGAGAAGUGGACAUGGCACGACUUCAUGAAGCUGAGAUUGUGGUUUUGCAAGAAGAAGCAGCUUUUGGGCGAUAUGCGCGGGAUAUUCACGGUCGAGUGGUGCCUGAAGAUGAAGCUCAACGUCGAUUUAGUAUGGUGGAAUUAUCCAGGAACGCUUACAAUAUACCAACGACUCUUAAGUCUAGUUAUACAGCUGAAGACCCUGAAGGAAACGCCUUAAAACUCGGAGAUCCCACGCAUUCAGAUAUACCGGGUAAACUUCACGUGAAGAAACGCUCCGGGAUGCUAGGACCAAUUUCUAAACCGGAAUGGCGGACAUUUGAGCGUCCUCCACCGCCAAGACGAAGAGCUCGAGGUGCUCAAUUGGAGGAAACUUUGGCAGCAGAAAGAAAAGCAAAUGCACAAUUAGGCAUGCUUUUAGACUUGAUGAGAGAAGAGACCGAGCGCAAAGCGAUGGAUGUGGCGUAUUUCGAGAGUUGUGUCGAGCUACAAGGGUAUGGAGAAGAAUUGAGAGCUUUUACUAUUCAAGCUCAGAGAGAACUGGUAGUAUUGUGGAAAGAACUUCAGGAGAAGAGAUACAUGUUCGAGAGCAAAAUCCUCAACAUUCAGAAGAAAGAAGAGCUGCUUAAUACUUUCAAAGCACAACACAAGGCUGUCAAGGACGCAACGCACGCUAAGCGUAUUGAAUCGAGUAUAACGAAAGUUGCGAGUCUCAACCAAGAGCAACAACGACGUGAAGAACAAGAACAAGUUGCAAUUCGAGCUGCCGCUGGGGCUGAACGUGAUAAACAUGAACAAGCUGCUCCAAUAGUUCAGCAUUUUUGCGCAACCCAAAUCCAGAGAAUCGUUCGUGGGAUGUUGGCUCGAGAGCUUUUUGCACAGAUGAAGAUCGAGUUCGUCGUUGCGAGUACUUUUAUCCAGGCUGGUAUACGUGGGUUCCUCGUUCGAAGACGCGUUGCAAAGAUGUACUGGCACAAUGCAGCAUCGGUGCACAUACAGCGAGUUGCUCGAGGAUUCGUUGCUCGGAGACUAGCAAAACAGAAGAGAAGACGAAAACAACAGAUGCGAUCAGCUGAACGUAUUCAAAAAGUGGUGCGUGGUCGGUUCGGACGAGUAAGGAUGAGGAAGAUCAGAGAGUUGGUGAGUUGGCGUCUGCAACUUGCGCUUGCGGCUCGAGCUAUCAACGCUGUGGCUUUACAGGAGCUGGCAAAUGCUUGUCAAACGAUGGUUGCACUGCCUAGUAUUAUGAAAACCGAGGCAAAGGCGACAUCGGAAGAGAAACCCCUUCCUGCUCUUGUGCUUGGAUUGGUGCGCUUGUUGAUUCUCUUCACGAGUGACGCUGAUGAUGAAUGGGACAUCCCCAAUACUCGUUGGCGAGAAGCUGCUCGGUUUCUUCGAUGUGGCGUUGGAGUUACGCGUCGAAUGCAGAAAAUCGCAGAUGCUGCUGCAGGAGCUGCAAGAGCUUGGAUGUCACCAUCAGGAGGGUUUUCUGCUUCUGGAGUUGCUGCAUCCACGCCGUGUUUACGAGAGUCAGUACUAGGUACAGCACUGUUAGAUGCGUACAAAGGGGAUCUGGACUUUCGAAUUGAGACGUUUGAGCGAAUAUCUCGAGGCUGGCAAGCUGCAGUUGCCAUUUUCAAGUGGACUACGGCGUUCUGUGCUAUCACUCGGCUUCAGCAUCUUGUAGAGUGCAGCACAAAUGACCCGUUCUUAGUGGUUAUUCGCACAUUGAGCAAGCGAGAAGCUCAACAUGAAGUUACAGAGCGACGAGACGCCGAUCACGGCGAAGAAAUGCUCGCUCGACGGUUUGUUUCAGCGGAAUUGGUUCAGACUCGUAAUUACCCAUUCCAUCGACGUCGUCCGAUGCUGCUCGUAGUGGCAAGCGAUGUGCCGCGAAAAGCACGAGUUGUUAUUCUCCAGAAACUCCAAGCCGCUUUACCCGGACUCUUUCUCGCAAUUACGCGUCCUCCAGCAACUACAAAAAGGUCCUUGGGUGCUCAAGAUCCGACUCAAAACUUCGAUUUCAGGACUAUUCGCGAUGCUCUGGCACUAGGACACAGUGUGAUUCUCGAAGGUGACGUAGGUCUUCGUGAUGUGACGCAACGUGCCUUCUUGCGUUCAUUUGCCACCGUCAAGCAGGGACUCCAUCCAGAACCGAUGUGUGUUCUCGUGAGAGGGGCCAUCACUAACCGUAGUGACCUCUUUGGGCCUAAACAAGGCAGUGAUGUGGAGGAACAAGCGUAUCGGGAAGAAAUAGUGCGUCGAAUGGUUGACGCAGACUUGAAAUUGGCUCUGGAUCGAACUGCAAGGUUGAGACUGGAGCUGACCUAUGAUGAUAUCACGCGUGAGAUGGUAGAGCAGACGAAGACUGAUUCUCCAAGUCCAGCACUUGUGGUGGUCAUGGAGGCUGUGAUCGUGUUGCUGACUCCGGGGAAGGUGUACGAGGGUCCUUCACAGAGUGAAAUCGCGACAAGUUCAGUGAGUUGGCGACUAUCUCGUCGGCUUCUGGGUCAACCAGCAUUCUUACGGUCUAAACUCCACCACGUGGACGUCACCACAAUUCCACCCGCUAAUUUACUGGCAUUGGAGCGAUAUCUGCGUCAUUCUCUGUGGCCUAAUGCUGCAGUUUCCCGGUCACACGUCGAUGCUAGUAGACUGCUAUUUGCACUCGCAGCUUGGGUCGAAUCAGCUACUCGAACUGCGCGGUUGAUCGCUGCCGAUGGUACAGGUGUUUUGGCGCCUGAAAUCACCCGCUUCGAACCUGUUCCUGGUCUGUUUGAGCGAGUGGUUGCCUUCAACAAUUGUCCGACAGAUUCUGUGCAGGAUGGAGCAGGUGAAGACUCGGCUGUGAUGGAAUUGAUGGAUGCUGUUCUUGCUGAUGUUCGAGUGUACCGCACGGCACAUUCGCUCGUAGGUUCCAGCAGUAAUUUAUGCAGUCAAACGCGUAAGAAGAAAACUAUCGACGAGCAAGAGCGCUGCGUCGUGACGCUCUUCCAUGAGUGCCGACGUAUCUUCGCAAGUGUAUAUUCGCCUAGCUCGGGUCAGCGAUGGAUGACUGUAAUCUCAGAAGACAACAUCGACAGCCUCUUGACCCCGACAGGAGGCGAGAGUCGCGUAGAUAAAUUACCACCAAAGUCACAAGCAGAAAUGUACGCUCGUCUCGCUCGCCUCUGUUUGCUCCAGAAACGUAAAUUUGAAGAUUGUCCAGAGUCUAUCGAGCCUCCAAGUCCGUACGAGUUGGUGCUGCGUCCUCAUGCCAUUCGACUGUAUCGACACGUACUGCAACUUAACGGAUAUCUCACCACUGUCACCAUCGCUGAGCUUUCUCGCGGACAUGUUCAAGUUGACGCGUUCGUACACGGCGGCAGCAGUUCUCAGGCAACUUCUACACAAGCUGCCGCGUUGACGUUGGCGGUUGAACUCGAAAACAUUCUGGGUCGACUCUCAGCAGCUCAAGCACGACGAACUAUUGUCCCAAUAUCUCGUAUCCCAUCACUGAUGCUUGACCGACUCCAUUUGUACUGCAUCACGAGAACUCAAAUGAUAAUUCCUGAAUUCCAGCAGAGGUUGGAGUCUUCAUUACGUCUCAGUGUGAAAACCGCUGAGAGUUCUCCCGGACGUGUACUGCUUCGUCGCAUAGUACGAAUGUCCGCUGCAGAGAGAAUGGUAUUUACUCUUGUUCAACACCAUGAAGACGGAGAUUUCCAGGCUGCCUUCUACGCUCCUGGAACCAGCAAAUAUCAUAAUAUCCGCCUCUCGAGAGAUGAAGCAGGAGAGCUGCUGCAUUUAUCGAGACAUUCAACGCCUUCCAAGCUACAUCGAGUGUUAAUGAAAAGGUUUUGCCUUGCGAAGCUAACGCCGAAAACGAGUGAUGUUAGUGCUGAAGGCAGCGAUGAUGAUGAUCAAGAACUCGUGGAAGAAGUUGACACAAUCACUCGCUACCGUUUACGACGACGAAUUAUUGCGAGGUUCCCUUGUGUGCUUCGUGUUCUGGAGGAUAUUAACCAACAGGUGCACAAGAAGCAGGUCAUUCGCGUAUACGUUCAGGUCGAACUCAGUGAUGAAAAAUCCACCGGGGAGGGCUCAAGCGUAGGAAAAAUAAGUAGUAGAGAUGCAAUACGGUAUCGCGUGUGGAUUCCUGAGUCUUGUCUGGAACAAACUCUGGUUCUGCAAGAAAGCGAAAUCGAGGCUAGUCUGCCGGUAGAACUGUCGUGGAAACACUCAGCCGGAAGAGAACGGAGAGAUAUUAGUCGGGAGAUCGUACGUCGCUUCUUUCAAUGGGACCCUAACGGUGGCAGGGAAGGCGGAUGCGUGGUGGCUCACUUACUGUGUGGUUCAUUCUGGGCGACUGAGGUCGAUGCCGUCAAGAAUCUCAUUGAGAAGUCUCGAUCAGAUGAACAAAUGAAAAUGGAGCGCCAGUCCACGAAGCCCCAAGCUCAGCAGAACACUAAAGCGUCCGUGGUUUCGUGCACUUACAUGCUAGACGAUCGAGAUACAGAAAGUGACGACGAGAGUGACAACGAAGAAAUCAAUCGCAGACGGAAGACGUACAGCUACGACACCGAGGAACUUGUACAUCAUGGCAGCUACCAUGUCAACGGCCUGUACGUAGUUGUUCGCAUCACGAUGCGUGCUCAAGUGCUUCGAGACUUGCAGCCAGUGCUUGUGUCUCCUACUGAUCGUGUACGGGAAAGCGAUUCCUUUACCAUCAAGUUCUGUGUGUACCAUCCGGUAUCCAGCGGCACUGCCAAUGCUGAAAUCCACGGACACCGAGACUUACGCGAGGUUGUAGGCCCCGACCAGUCCGCUCUUAUCUCCUCCACGUCUUUGGACACUUUAAUGCGUCAUAUUAUCUUGACACGCUUGGAUGCUCAAGUGGAUCGGGAGUCUACUGAUCGUCUAAAGGUGAUAUUCUUGCGUGACCGAUUGUACGCGAAGCAGAAAGCCACUCCAGUGACAAAGAUGUUCGAGCAAGACUCUGGUGCGAACGCUGCUAAGUUGAUUGGUGAGGAUCGACGUCGUGGAAUAGCUGGGGAGCGCGGUGUCAAGGUGUUGACUACAGCGAAGGUCGUCUCGGGUUGUGGUCGCACACUCUUUACUGUGUUCGACGUAGCCGCAAACCACCGGCUUGAACAAGCUGCAGAUAGCUGCGUGAUGCUGCGAGUGGAUGCGUACGUGUGUGCAACCAGUGCGAGGUUGUCUCUGUUACUUGAAGGUAGCGAUCUGGUACAUGUUGUCGGCGAUGAAGAUAAAGAACUACUGCUGCCCCUAGUCCACAGCGACGCUAACACUGCAGAAAUCGCCGAGCUGGAAAAGGAGAGGAGUCGACGACUGGCACUAAUGGUGCUAGAUCACUUGCGUAUCGAGCAGCGAAGUGACGGACGUAGUGAUCGCCUUGUGCUCUCCGAAAUCUCCUUUUCUCCACUCGAUGUAUCAACCCGCGAGGCUAAGACUGUGAAGAUUUUCAAGACGAUUCGAGCAGUGGGGCACGACCAAGUGCUACUUUCCGCAUAUCUGGACGGAGCAGACUCAUUAUCGAUGAGGCUGGAGCUGUACGACCCUGCAAGCAGCUCACGCUGUACGCUGAAGCUUUCGCGUUCUACCUUGGCUGCAAUAUUGGGGAUCGCAGAACCACUUGAGCUCGAUCAACUCAUGGGGGCAGAUCGAGCCAACUUGACGACGCAUAUUUGCUCUCUGCUUCACGUUGAGAAGAUGCCUGAUACUUUAGAUGGGAUUUUGGACAGACCUUCGACGUUCGUGAUGUCACUAGAAUUUGACGAGCAACAAGCGAUGGAGUGUAUGAGGCAACACAUCAGUGGAAAUAGUGGUGCCGAUACGGAAGCAGUGUCUCAGUGUUCGUGGACUGGAAUAACAGCGAGCACAGACGGAAAAUAUCUCUCUGUCCGCCUUCAAGUUCAGUCCACACACAAGGGUCAACGCUGGUUGCUGUGUUCUGCCUUCGCUCCAGCAGAGUUGCUUGUGAGUGCACGGAAAUUCGAGUGGGCGGGUAUCCCAGCAGAAUUGCUCAGUCUUCUUCCUGAGAAUACCGAGACGUACGAUCAGCCCAGCUCCUCCGUCUACUUGAUGUUCUUCCGCAAAAUUUGUGAGCAGCUACGCUUGGAAAUGUACUACGAUGACGAAGGCAGCCAUGAAUCGGAUCAAAAACGCCAUGAAAACCGCUCUGUACGGCCGAAGACAAUCAGUAUCAACUUCCAGUAA